ACAGAGAGACAGACAGAGAGACACAGGAGCUGUUCCGGGGAUCAGAGAGCGGAGGACACGGAUCGGGGUUCAAAUCUCCGGCAGUGUCCAGGAUCAUGGCGUACCAGCACAAGCUAGCCGAGAAGCUGACCAUCCUGAACGAGAGGGGCAGGGGUGUGCUCAUCCGCAUCAAUUACAUCAAGAAGACAUGUUCGGACCCGAAGCUCAGACCCUCAUGCCUCACAGAGAAGAGCAUGGAGUCGGCUGUAAAGUACAUCAACAAGAAAUUCCCCAACAUUGACUUCCGAGGAAACAAUCAAAAUCUGAACAACAUCCAGAAGGAGAAGUCUGAAGUGCUGAACACCCUGACGAGUUUCUACCAUACCUUCAUCGACGUAAUGGAGUUCAGGGACCACGUUUAUGAGUUGCUGAACACAAUCGAUGCCUGCCAGUGUUUCUUCAAUAUUACUGUAAACUACGAGUUCACGAAGAGCUACCUGGACCUGAUUGUCACCUACACCUCUGUGAUCCUCAUGCUGUCCCGCAUCGACGACAAGAAGGUCCUGGUGGGGAUGUACAACUGCGCUCACGAGAUGUCCAACGGAGCCAGUGAACCCGCGUACCCCCGGCUGGGACACAUGCUGCUGGAGUACGAGCCGCCCUGGAAGAAGCUGACUGAGGAGUUCGGGCCACACACCAAGGCGGUGACGGAGGCCCUGCUUUCUCUCCAGUAUCUUUUCCCGCGUCGGAAUCUCUCAGCGGGACAGUGGCGCAGUGCCCAGCUUCUCAGCCUUCUGAGCGCCGCGGCAACCAUGCUGAAUCCCGCCCACAAUGAGACGAUGCUGUGUGAAUAUCUGCCAAUGGAGGUGAUGGAGCGAUGGAUAAUCAUUGGGUUCCUGCUGUGCUACAGUAGCCUGAGCACCAACCUGCCCUCCCUGGAGCUGUGGAAGAGCGCGCUGAAGAGCAGCUUGUGCAUCACGCUGAUCAGGGACGAGGUGCUGCUGGUACACAAGGUCAGCGAGGACUUCUUCGAUGGCCUCAAGGGACACAGUAAAAGGACUGCAGAUAUAAAGGAAUGCAGGGAGUAUGCCGUUGCCAACAGUGGGCAGAUCCAUAGGGAAAGAAGAAACUUCCUGAGGAGUGCUGUCAAGGAACUUGUCAAUAUUCUUUCAGAUGAACCCGGGCUGCUGGGACCCAAGGCCCUGUUCGUCUUCAUGGCUCUCUCUUUCUCCCGGGACGAGGUCUGCUGGCUGGUCCGUCACUCUGAACACGUCCUCAAGACCAAGACCCCUGAAGACUACGUGGACACGCACAUCGCAGAGCUGCUGUUCUGCAUGGAGUCGCUUCGUGCUCUGCUGCGCCGCCACACCCCCGUGCUCCAGCGAUACCACCUGCAGUACCUGGCACAGUUCGACGCGCUGGCACUCAACGACAUUGUGCAGAGCCUGUUUGUCUGUCCGGAAGAGGAGUCCAUCCUGAUGUCCUCGUUCGUCUCGACUCUGUCCUCAAUGACUCUGAAGCAAGUGGACAAUGGGGAGGAGUUUGACCUGAGAGGGCUCAGACUUGAUUGGUUCAGACUGCAGUCCUACGCCAGCGUGGCCAAGGCCCCGAUGAAUCUCCGAGAGUGUCCACAACUGGCCCACCUCAUGAACAUGAUCGUCUUCCACACCUGCAUGAUGGAUGGCAUUGACAGCCUCAUCCAGGAGACCUCAGACCUCUCCAUCUUCUGCUUCUACCCGCGAGUGUUUGAGAAGAUGUUUUCUCAGAGCAGCGAUGAGCUUCAAAUGCUGAGAUACCUGAUCUCCUUCCCUCUGCUCUGCUCACACUUCAGCAAAUGCACACACAGCAUGUGCCCAGAAGAGCUCCCUCUCCUGGAGAAGAAGAGCCUUCAUUUCUGCACCAGCUUCCUGGAGGAGAUCGCCAAGCAGACCUCCAACAUCGCCAUGGAGAUCUGUGCAGAGCAGCGGAACCUCAGCGACAAGCUGCUGCCUAAGCACUGUGCCCAGACCAUCAGCAAGGCCCGCAACAAGCAGCAGAAGAAACAGGCAGCCAAGAGGGGCGAGCUGCAGCACGAGAAGCCCGGGGCGGAGAGUCAGAGGAAGGACCGAGCCGUCGUCACCAACAUGGAUAAGCUGCACCUGACCCUGACAGAGCUGUGCUUCACGUUUAACUACUCUUCUCAUUUCACUGUGUGGGAGCACGUCGUAAUCCCUGCAGAGUACCUGCUCGCACAACUGGAAACUCGACUCUCCAAGACCAUCAUCCGCAUGGCGAACUACAACCAGACCACGAAGGAGAUCAGCCGCCCCUCUGAGCUCCUGGCGAGCAUCCGGGCCUACGUGGAGUCUCUGCACACGCUCUCCAGCUACAUCAACGUAGACGUGACACGUCUAGUCAAAAACGUGUUGCUGCAGCAGACCCAGCCACUGGACAGUCUGGGGGAACAGACCAUCACCACCCUCUACACAAACUGGUACCUGGAGGGGCUGCUGCGUCAGGCAAGCAAUGGCACCAUCACCCACUCCCCCACCAUGAGAGCGUUCAUGAGCCAGCCGAGCGAUAACGAGCAGAGCUUCAGCGCACAGGAGUACUCCGACAUCUGUGAACUGCAGGCUCUGUCAGAACUGAUAGGCUCCUAUGGGAUGAAGUUUCUGGGUGAAAAUCUCAUGUGGCACAUCACCUCACAAGUCAAUGAGCUCAAGAAACUCGUAAUCGAGAACAUGGAUGUUUUAGUGCAGAUGAGAUCCAAAUUCGACAGACCAGAGGAGAUGGCUGCCCUUCGCAAGAGGCUGCCAGCUGGAGAGAACGUUCUGAAGAGAAUGACCAUCAUCGGGGUCAUCCUUUCCUUCCGCGCAAUGACCCAGGACACACUCCGAGACGUGUUACACAAACACUGCCCCUACCUGGCGGGACCUAUCGAAUGCCUGCGGGAUUUCGUCACACCAGACACGGACAUCAAGGUGACUCUGAGCGUGUUUGAGCUAGUCUCGGCGGCCGGCAUCCCGUGUGAUAUCGACCCCGCACUGGUUUCAGCACUCAACAACAUGCGCACACAGAACUCCUCGUUGGACGAGGAAUACAAGCUAGCCUGCCUGCUGCUGGUGUACAUUGCCGUGUCCCUGCCCGUCCUGGCAUUCGAUCCCGGCUCCUUCUACAGCCGGCAGUUCGGAGGCCACACCAACAACAUCCACUGCAUAGCUGUGGCCGUCAACCAGCUGGCUGCAGCAAUGCUCACCACCCUGAACAAGAACAUCGAGGAGCAACUCAAAGAGUUCCUUCUGAUUGCCUCAUCCACUCUGCUGCAGCUUGGCCAGAACGUGGAGGGACUCGAGAGCAAAAACAGAGACUCCAUUUACCUGCUGCUGCACCUGAUUGUGGAGGAGUCCCCCUUUCUCACUCUGGAUAUGCUGGAGAGCUGCUUCCCCUACGUGCUGCUGCGUAACUCGUACAGAGACGUUUACCAGACCGUCCCGAUCACGCUAGGGUGAAGACAGAGCCCACAGUGUCCACAGAGGUCCUGCCAAGACAGAAGCUUCCUGCUACCAGCCCUGACCCCAGUGAGAAGACUGCCCUGCGAGCUCAGUGUGCCGCACCUGAGCUUGAGGUCUCUGCUCCAAUUGAGCUCAGGUGUAACUAAUUCAAUGUAGAGUAAAACCUGCCAAUGUUUAAACUGCUUUGCAAUGGGGGUUUAGUGUCCCGAGCUCACUGAAGCUUGUUUAAUGUAAGGAAUCAGCAUUCGAUUUUCCCUUUCAAAGAAAUAUUGAAGUUCUCUUUCAAACCAAUCCCAGGGUACUUGUGUGACCACUUGGUGGCACUACAGUGUGUAAUAAUCCCAUCAGAAUCCAAAGUAAACAAUAACACUUUGAAGGGCAGUGGAUUUUAGCCGCAAUAUAUAAAUGUUAGAUGCAUAUAUAUUACUCUCACAGGUCUAAUUGUAGCUUAUAAACUGACCAUCUCUUUGCUCAAUGCUAACAAUUAAAAAAAAAUAAUAAUAAUUAGCAGUUGACACAGUUGGCCUUGCACUGUAAUAUUUUCUAAAGAUCUUUAAUCAAUAAUAAACUGGUGUUAUUAA